AUGACAAAUAAGAAAACGACGAAAAUUGGAUUGUUUUACGUCAUAAUGCUCAUUGUGCUUGCAUCGAUUGUGGAUAAUGUGAAUGCACAAACAAAGUAUAGUUUUGACAUCAAAUCCCUCACUGGCGAGCCAGAUUAUCGAUCUGUAAAUCUCACAUGGGAAGUUGAAGAUUUCGAAAAUGAAGUUGAUGGAGGUUCUGCUGAAGAAAUUCCUUUAUCAGCUGAAGAUGAAGAUCAAAUUCCUUCGAAUAAUCGGUCUUUUACUGUUUAUUAUUGUGAACUUCAAACAUGGGGAGCUCAUCGAUGCAAAUCAAAAGUUUUGGAAGACACUGAGGAACGAGAAGGAAAUACCAAACAAUACAGCAUGAUGAUCGAUCAUUUGAGGAUGGCGACAAAAUAUUCCUUCCAUGUAAAAGCUUCUGGGCAGAAUCAAGACCAAAAACCAAGUGCAAGAGCUGAUUUGAAUGGAAAUAUCUUGAAGGAUGACAGCGAGAUUCAAGGACAAACUAUCAUUAUUCCGACCAAAGGAUUUUCUGCUCAUGCCACAAAAUGCCUUCCUGACGUUUCCGAGAUCGAAGUCGAGACAGGUCCCUAUUUUGGCGGGAAAAUUGUCGCCGAAAACAACAAUUGCUUCACGCAAGGCAAUCCUCUGGAUGAUCGUUCCUCGUAUUCCAUGAAAAUCGAGCACGACAAAUGCGGAAGUCACGUAAAUCACGAAACCCUAACUGUCGAAACUUUCAUCACGGUUCAAGAAAAUCUCGGAAUUCUCACGCACAGCACGCGACGCUUCAUGGUAGUUUGCACCUUUCAACCUGACACGUUAACAGUUCGUGCUCGUCUUGCAUUGCCCGGCAAAGGAGGCGUCGAACCAAUUUCCGAUUAUUGGCCCGAACAAGGAAGAAGUGCUCGUGAACGUCAAUUCAAAAUGGUGAACAAGACGGCGUUGAUUUUGAAAGAAUCCGACGAAAUUCCGGAAAAUUUGACGGAAGAAGUUCACGAGGGAAUUGGCGACAUGGAAGAACUUACAACGACAAUCGAACCUGAAAAUGAGGCAGAAAAUCUCGUUCCUGAUGAGACUUUUAGACAAAAAACAAGCGAUCGAGGUGCCCGUUUCGCGAGAUUGCUUGACGAAAGACAACAAGUGCUCGAAAGCUCGUAUUCGAAUUACGCAAGACGUGCAGCGCCCGAUUUCACGGGAAUUUUAUUGACAAUCUGCGUGGCAUGCAUCAUGAUUGGGGCGUUUGUCUUCAUCGUGCAACGAGAGGCUCGUCGUUUCAAGCGAGAGACGUCGCCAGGCGCGAUAACAAAACCUUAGAUUACUUUUUUUUACUUUAAUUUUUUUUUUUCAAUUGAAAGACGACAAAUUUUGAUAAGAAACUCGGCAAAAUCGAAAUAUGACUCCUUGUUCGUUUGAAAUUCACGAAAAACGACGAAUUUUGGAC